AGUUUCUUGCAAGGCAUCAUUACAUGCAAACCCUCUCUCUCCCUUUUCUUCUAGUCAAACAUAAAUCUCCUUCUACUUAUAAAUAGACAUCAUUUUCCUCCCUAAGAGAGAUAAAGAGACAGAAGAUUGAACAAUAAUGGAGAUUAAAGUAGAGAACGAGGAAUCUAGGCACAUCGAUGAACAAACGCAGCCCCUUUUAGAAGAGAACAAAUUUGUAUUAUGUGCUGAAGAACAGACCCCGAUACAGAAGGCCAUAAACCAAACGUUCAGAAGCACUGCUCAGUUAGCCAAUCUCCUCCCUACAGGUUCUGUUCUUGCAUUCCAACUUCUAGCACCAAUUUUCACAAACCAAGGUCAGUGUGAUGUAGUCAGCCAGACAAUGACAGCGUCUCUUCUGAUCCUCUGUGGACUCUCGUGUUUCUUCUUAUGUUUCACUGAUAGCUUUAGGGCUCAAAACGAUAAGGUACUUUACGGGGUUGCAACUUUUCGAGGAUUGUACAUUAUUGAUGGCUCUUGCUGCAUGAUGCCUGAAGUGGCAGCACGAUACCGUUUAAGGUUUAUGGAUUUCGUGCAUGCUUUCAUGUCUGUUCUGGUAUUCGGAGCUGUUGCCUUGUUUGAUCAGAAUGUUGUGAAGUGCUUCUACCCAACACCAUCAGAUGAAGUCAAGGAGCUCCUUACGAACUUACCAGUCGGUAUUGGUGUCCUUUGCAGUAUGAUGUUUGUUGCAUUCCCUACCGAACGCCACGGGAUCGGCUUUCCCCUCUCUGCUAAGUAACUUCUGUUUUAUUGGUACACCUAAUUCAUUCAUAUGUAAACCUGACGAGGUUCAUUAGGAAUCAGUGUAUUUUAUCACAUACAUCCAAUAUGUGCUCCUUUUUCAGUUUGCGUUAGAGUUUA